AUGUUCAAUCGCUUUAAUAAACUUCAAGCCGCUUUGGCUUUGGUCCUUUACUCCCAAAGUGCAUUGGGCCAAUACUAUACCAACAGUUCCUCAAUCGCAAGUAACAGCUCCACCGCUGUUUCGUCGACUACAUCAGGUUCUGUUUCCAUCAGUAGUUCUAUCGUUGAGUCGACCUCAUCUGCUUCCGAUGUGUCGAGCUCUCUCACUGAGUUAACUUCGUCCUCAUCUGAAGUCUCGAGCUCCAUUGCUCCAUCGACAUCUUCUUCUGAAGUCUCGAGCUCUGUUGCUUCCUCUACCUCGUCUGCUUCCGGAGUUUCGAGCUCUAUUACGUCAGGCUCAUCCAUAUCUGGAUCAUCCACUUCUAUUACCUCAUCAGGCUCAUCAGGCUCAUCCGUCUCCGGUUCUUCCUCUGCAACACAAUCAGGUUCAGUCUCAGGUUCAUCCUCUGCCACACAAUCAGGUUCAUCCGUCUCCGGAUCGUCCUCUGCCACACAAUCAGGUUCAGUCUCAGGUUCAUCCUCUGCCACACAAUCAGGUUCAUCCGUCUCCGGAUCGUCCUCUGCCACACAAUCAGGUUCAUCCGUCUCCGGAUCGUCCUCUGCCACACAAUCAGGUUCAGUCUCAGGUUCAUCCUCUGCCACACAAUCAGGUUCAGUCUCAGGUUCAUCCUCUGCCACACAAUCAGGUUCAUCCGUCUCCGGAUCUUCCUCUGCCACACAAUCAGGUUCAUCCGUCUCCGGAUCGUCCUCUGCCACACAAUCAGGUUCAUCCGUCUCAGGUUCUUCCUCAUCAGCCUCCGGCUCUUCAGCUUCUAGCUCGUCCGGUUCCAUCACACAAUCAGGUUCUUCCUCAUCGGGUUCCGAAUCCUCUUCUAUCACACAAUCUGGCACCGCUUCUGGUUCAUCAGCCUCUAGCUCAUCAGGUUCACCUUCAUCCGUUCCAGGUUCGUCAGCUUCAUCUGGUCCAGGUAUCUCGAGUUCAAUUCCUCAGUCAACCUCAUCCGCUUCUACCGCCUCCGGCUCUGUCACUUCGGGUACCUUGAGUUCCAUUACCUCUUCAGCUUCUAGUGCAACUGCAACUGCUUCGAAUUCACUUUCUUCUAGCGAUGGCACCAUUUACUUGCCAUCCACAACAAUCAGUGGUGACAUCACACUGACUGGUUCAGUCAUCGCAACUGAAGCCGUUGAAAUCGCUGCAGGUGGUAAAUUGACUCUUCUUGAUGGUGAUAAAUAUGUUUUCUCAGCUGAUCUAAUAGUCCAUGGUGGUGUCUUUGUUGAAAAGUCUAAGCCAACCUAUCCAGGUACCGAAUUCGAUAUCUCGGGUGAAAACUUCGAUGUCUCUGGUACCUUUAACGCUGAAGAACCUGCCGCCUCUUCUGCAUCCGCCUACUCUUUCACUCCAGGCUCUUUUGACAACAGUGGUGACAUAUCUUUGAGUCUAUCGGAGUCCUCAAAGGGCGAAGUUACAUUUUCUCCAUACUCCAACUCUGGUGCCUUCUCUUUCUCAAAUGCUAUCCUCAACGGUGGUUCCGUCUCCGGUUUGCAACGUAGAGCUGAAGAUGAAGGGUCAGUUAACAACGGUGAAAUUAAUCUAGACAAUGGAAGUACCUAUGUUAUUGUCGAACCAGUUUCCGGAAGUGGUACAAUCAACAUCAUCUCUGGUAACCUUUACUUACACUAUCCAGACACCUUUACUGGCCAAACUGUUGUAUUCAAGGGUGAAGGUGUUCUUGCCGUUGACCCAACCGAAAGCAACACUACUCCUAUUCCUGUGGUUGGUUACACUGGUAAGAACCAAAUCGCCAUUACAGCAGACGUCACCGCUCUUUCUUAUGACGGUACUACCGGUGUUCUAACUGCAACCCAAGGCAACUCACAAUUUUCCUUCUCUAUCGGUACUGGAUUCUCCAGUUCUGGGUUCAACGUCUCCGAAGGAACUUUUGCCGGUGCUUAUGCUUAUUACCUAAAUUACGGUGGUGUUGUUGCUUCCAGUGCUACACCUUCAUCCACUUCUACCACAUCAGGUGUUGCCAAUUCUACUUCUGGUUCCACUUCAUUCGGUGCUUCCGUGACAGGUUCAACAGCUUCCACUUCAUUCGGUGCUUCAGUAACAGGUUCAACAGCUUCCACCUUGACUUCAGGUUCCCAAUCUAUUUACACCACAACAUUAACAUAUGCAACCGCCACAAGCACAGUAGUGGUUUCUUGUUCAGAAACAACUGACUCUAAUGGUAAUGUCUACACCAUUACCACAACCGUUCCAUGUUCAUCUACUACCGCCACUAUCACUUCUUGCGAUGAGACUGGCUGCCAUGUAACUACAUCAACCGGAGCCGUUGUAACUGAAACCGUUUCUUCCAAAUCAUACACAACUGCCACUGUCACCCACUGUGACGACAAUGGCUGUAACACUAAGACUGUCACUUCUGAAUGUCCUGAAGAAACUUCAGCAACUACCACUUCUCCAAAAUCAUACACCACUGUCACUGUCACUCACUGUGAUGACAAUGGUUGCAACACCAAGACAGUCACCUCUGAAUGCCCUGAAGCCACCACCACCACUGUUUCUCCAAAAACAUACACUACCGCUACUGUUACUCAAUGUGAUGACAAUGGCUGUAACACUAAGACUGUCACUUCUGAAUGUCCUGAAGAAACUUCGGCAACUACUAUUUCUCCAAAAACAUACACUACCGCUACUGUUACUCAAUGUGAUGACAAUGGUUGUAACACCAAGACUGUCACUUCUGAAGCUCCUAAAGAAACUUCAGAAACCAGUGCUUCUCCUAAAACAUACACCACUGCUACUGUCACUCAAUGUGAUGACAAUGGUUGUAAUGUCAAGAUAAUUACUUCUCAAAUACCUGAAGCUACUUCAACCGUCACCGCAACUAGUGCUUCUCCAAAGUCAGAUACCACUAUAACUUCUAAGGCUACCAAAGCAACCUCGUUGACUACUGUCAUUUCCGAGGCAUCUAGCGCAAUUUCCACGUACUCCAAAUCUGCCGCUCCAACUAAGUCCUCUACUGGUAUCAUCAUCCAGUCCGAAGGUAUUGCCGCAGGUUUGAAUACCAAUACUUUGAAUGCUUUGGUCGGUAUUUUCGUUCUUGCUUUCUUUAACUGA